ACAUGUUGCRUUUAUAUUUUUGUUCUGGAACCAGGCUAGGAUAGAUCCCUUACUCAACUUCACCCUCCUCCCUCCUUGUCUGCAGUGUCUCCUCAACCUGCUCAUCUCCAGAGCCCUGGGAAGAGCCCUGUCAAGGGGCCAGGAGGAGCUCUACUCACAGGGAAGGGAUCAGGACCCCAAGGGAGAGGCAUAGCAGUCCACAGCCCAGGAAAGUGUCCUGGGACCAGACCUAGCCACAGACCGGUGAAGGGGGUACCACCAGGGACCCAGAGCCCAAGAAAGGGACUAGGAAUCCACAGCCCAGGAAAGAGCUCCAUACAGGGGGGACUAGGAUCUCAGUCCCCAGGGAAGGGAGCGGGAUCCAGGUUGAACCAGCUGAGAAGCCCUGGAGCCAGGAUAAAGAGACAGACUGAUAGCAGGAUCACCCUGCAGCCUGCCUGACCUCAUUCACCUUGAGGAAAACCAGUCUGUGCUCAGAUCAGCUAACAGCAGCCCAACACAUACCACCACCUCUAUAAGCCUGGACCAGCUUAGAGACCCAGACAGUGGGUCUACCGACAGCUCACACACAGGACUGAAUGCUCACAGUCCAGACAGGGCAGAAGUAGUGGCCUGUAGGGAGGGCAGAGCGAGGGAAAUCUCUCCCAUAAAUAUGAACUGUUUAGACCUGAUGUGGGACGCUGUACUGGUCAAUGGCCAUGUAGGAGGCGGAAGGAAGGUGGAUACAGGGCUCAACGUGGAACUGUCCCCCUCUCACAGAGCUGCGACUGGGACGGAGGAGGUCAUGCUUCAGGAGAGCUCUACAGUAGAGAAGAAGAUGGAGAGAGGGAGUGAGGAGGUGAGGGUGCAGGACUCCACUGAACAGAAGCUGUAUAAGAUUGCCAACGAGCUUCUACUCACAGAGAGAGCCUAUGUUGCUCGCCUUCACCUACUAGACCAGGUGUUCUGUGCUCGGCUGACUGAGGAGGCCGGUAAAGGCUUGUUCCCUGUAGAUGUGGUGAGGACCAUCUUCUCCAACAUCUCCUCCAUCCACACCUUCCACUGCCAGUUCCUACUGCCAGACCUGGAGACGCACAUGGGCCAAUGGUCUGUGAGCCCUCGUCUGGGUGAUGUCAUGCAGCAGCAUGCUCCCUUCCUCAGGAUGUAUGCUGAGUACGUGAUGAGCUUCGACCAAGCCAUGGAGCUGCUUAGAGUCUGGACGGAGAGGUCCGCACCAUUCAGGAACGUCAUACAGGAUAUACAGAGUCAGGAGGUGUGUGGUAGUCUGACCCUGCAGCACCACAUGUUGGAGCCGGUCCAGAGACUACCACGUUAUGAGAUGCUGCUGAGAGACUACCUCAAGAGACUGCCUAACGACGACUCGGACCACAGUCAUGCAGAGAAGUCUCUGCAGGACAUCUCCAUGGCAGCAACACACUCCAACAGCGCCAUCCGUCAAUCAGAGAACCUGAAGAAGAUGCUGGAGAUCUACGAGAUGUUGGGGGAGGAGGACGUGAUGAAUCCCUCCAAUGAGUUCAUCAGGGAGGGACGCAUCCUGAUGCUGGCUGCCAGGAACUCCGCCAUGGAGAGACACCUCUUCCUGUUAAACAACAUGCUGCUGUGCUGCGCUCCUCGGUUCAGCCUGGCGGGGCAGCGGUUCACCGUGCGGGCACGGAUUGACGUGGAGGGCAUGACGGUGCAGCGCACCACCAACGAACACCACCCCCACACCUUCCAGGUGUCUGGCAAGGAGAGGACCCUGGAGAGGACCCUGGACCUACAGGCCAGCUCUGAACAAGACAAAGAGGACUGGAUAAAGGCUUUCCAGGACACUAUUGAUGUUUUCCUGCAGAAGAAUGAGACUUUUGUGUCAGCUUCUAAAGAAGUAGAGGUAUCUAUGGAGGAGCUGGGUCGGCGUGCCCCUCGAUGGAUCAGGGACAAUGARGUGACCAUGUGUAUGAAGUGUAGCGAACCCUUCAACGCCCUCACCCGAUGGAGACACCACUGCAGAGCCUGUGGCUGUGUGGUGUGUUGGAGGUGUUCAGACAACAAAGUAACUCUGGAGUACGAUGGCAACAAGGUGAACAAGGUKUGUCUAGACUGCCACGCCGCCCUGAUCCUCCGGGCCAACAGAGAGGAGAGGGGAGAGGGCAWGGAGGGGGGACAUUCUAGAGGUUCCACACCCCACCUCCCCAUUUCCAUCSCUACCCUUUCCCCAGGAUGUGAAGGCCUUGUCUAGGGUCCCCUUGCAGGGGACAGGUGACUGGUGUUGUCAAUGAAAAUGGGAUGGUSGUUAAUGACARCGCCAUGGUUGGCAAUGGCAAGGGGACGGUCAUCAAUGGCAACGAAAGUGUCACUGAUAAUGGUUACGRGAGUGUCGCCAAUAGAAACGGGAUGGCUGUCAAUGACAGCGAGGACGCACGCUCAAACAGCCUCAGUGUUCAAACACACACUAUCCYCCAGUCUCUGCACUUGUGUUCAGUGUUAAGGCCUUAAUGAGAUGC